AUGGCCAAAAUGGGGAACUCAGUAGCUGGUGAUGCACUACCUCCGAAGCUUAAUGGAAUUAAAGAAGGAACCUUUGUAUUCUUCACUAUAAGCGAGCGUUGGCCGAAGACUAUAGCAAAAAUAGUUGAUCACAUACACUGCAAACGAUUAUCUUUCAUACAACAGUAUGGACAAGAGGCUGACGCAGACGUUAAGUCUAUAAUCGCUGAUUUAUCUGAGAUUCGGUAUCGUAUGACGACUGAUAAACCAUUAGAAAAUAUCAGUGAUACAUCUUAUAGUUACGAAAUGUGGAACAAAGCUUUAUCUGACUUACGACAAAAGCAUGGCGCAGAUGAGGUUUCAUGGUUCAAAACGGAUUGGCUAUUUACUGAAUGUUAUAUGUAUCGGAGGAUUAUUGGCAGCAUAAUUAAAACGAAGUACUUAAAAAGUUUUGACUGCUUCAGAGAGCAGAAAAUCGAAGGAUUUAAUAGCCAUCUCGAACAAAUUCGUGAUGGUAUCAACUACAUGUUUUCGGUUGCUGAAAAAUUGAAUGAACAACAGGAGAGAGAGACUAUAGAAGUUCUUCUGAAGAUGUGUUUAUGGGGGAACAAGGCUGACUUGUCUUUGUCCUGUGGUGAAUCGACGACGAUGAGGCAGUCGCCCAUAGAAGCAGCACGAGUUUUGGAUGCUUAUAUUCUGUGCAAUGAUUUCAAAACUGCCAUUGAUUCAUUUUUCCUGAAGCUUAAACCUUGUAGGAAAGGAACGCGACAGCUGCAUAUUGUUCUUGACAAUGCGGGUCCAGAGUUGAUGGGCGAUCUUAUAUUUGCUGAAUACCUCAUGGAAACUAAACUUGUGGAUAAAACUGUGCUGCAUGGAAAGGAGUAUCCCUACUUUGUUUCUGAUGCGACAGGAGGCGAUUUUGAGUGGACUUUGAGCGAAUUAAACAAGAUUGGUGGUAUUUUCCAAAAAAUGUAUCAGAGACUUAGUGAGAGGGUGAAGAAGCCUAUGCCCACCAAGAAAUCUAUAUUUUGUUCUGCUUCUGCAGAGGUUCGAAGUCAAACUCAGAUUACUCUUGCUAUCAUUUCGAUCUAUUUUCUAUUAUCAGUUCAGAUUAUUCUUGCUUUGCAGGAUGAGCUAGUAUUUCGUGAUCAUCGAUUCUGGACGUAUCCUCAACCGUACUGUGAGAUGAAGUCAAUGGCACCAGAUCUCUAUGCGCAGCUGUCCGAGGCGUCAAUAAUCAUUUUCAAGGGAGAUCUGAACUACAGAAAAUUGGUAGCUGACAGAGACUGGCCGUACGAGACACCACUGAAAACAGCUCUAUGUGGGUUCCUACCGGCACCACUGCUCGCUCUACGGACUUUGAAGUCAGAGACUGUUGCGGGUCUACCAGAGGAUAUUGCCGAACGAAUGCGACAAGAACCAGACCGAAAGUGGAUGACUACUGGCGAGUAUGGAAUUGCGGAGCUUGCAUUUUGA